GACCAUGGGAGAAAACCUGGUGAGGUGGAGUUCUAUAAGAUGACUCACACCCACCGAGAUGGCAGCUUUGUCCGAGAGGAGUCGAGAGAUAUAGUUGACAGAGCUACAUCCCUUAUUUCAGAGCGUAUCGGAGAGUCAUCUUCAAUCGGCAACACCAGAGGUGUCGAAGCUCAGGUGUUUACCGAGUUGAUGGGCUCGGAGCGUUAUGGUCGAGUGAGGGGUUAUGGCGUUGGAGUUACCCCCACUCAGUUGUCUGCAGUGGGUAGAUAUACUCAAGAUGUUAGACAGAGUAGUAGCACUGCAGAGGUUAAUGAUCUGAAGGCAGAGAUAAAAGAGUUGAAGCAGAGCCACCAGACAGAGAUGCAAUCUUUGAGGGCUCAGAUUAAUCAGAUUACAUCUUUGUUGCAUCAGUUUGUCCCUCCUCAGGUUCCUGAUAGUUCAUCUGCACGUAGAGAUGGUGAUGCUAGCGACCCCUGGAGCAUUUAUUUUGGAGUUUAUAUGUAUUUUUUUAUGCUUUUUGAAGUACAUUGUAAACGUAAAUUGAUAGUAUGAAUGUAAUUUGACAAUAUGAAUGUUUAGAUAAAUAUGUUUGAUUUUGUGUAUA